AAAAUAAAAUAAUUGCAAGGAGAUCUAUCUCCCUCCUCCAUACUGGUCUAAAUAUUUAUUUAUUUAUUUAGUAAUUAUUAAAAGGAAUAAUUAUUUACUAGAGUACUAGCUGGGUUCAUCUUCUUCCUUUAAAGAGCGACGGAGAGCUUUGCUUCUCUUUGCUGGGAUCACAGUGAGCAAAAAGCAUGAUCUGAGUUUGAGGAAUGGCGACAGUUUUCUGAUUCUGUAGCUCUCUCGCGUUGCGGAUCCGCCGUCGUUACUCGCCAGGUGAAACUAGGGAAAUUGUUGAAAGGCUGAUUUAUAUUUUCCAGGAAGAAGAAUGGCCCUAGGGAAGUAUUCUAGGGUUGAUGGUAGGAAAGCGUCACCCAAUUAUUGUUCAACGGUUACUAUAAUUGUUUUUGUAGCAGUAUGCUUGGUUGGGGUGUGGAUGAUGACAUCAUCAUCUGUUGUACCGGUACAGAAUUCAGAGGUUUCUUCACAGGAGAGCAAGACUGACUUGAAGACACAGGUGAAUGAGAGCAAUGAGAGUGACACUGGCAGCAAUGAAAACAACAAUGCUAGUGAUGAAAGUAAUACAUCUGAUGGGGGAAAAGCAAAACAGUUUGAGGAUACUCCUGGGGAUCUACCUGAUGAUGCAACUAAAGGGGAUAUUGCAACUCCAGAGGAAAAGAAUAAAGAGACAGGAAAAACUGCAGAAGAAAACAAAAAAGAGAAAUCUGAAGAAGAAAACAAAGAUGAGCCUAAGUCUGAAGAUGAAUCCAAGGGUGAGAAGGACAAUGAAGAAGAGAAGAAAGAAAAUGGCGAUGAUAAAAAUUCUGAAGAGGAGGAGAAAACUGAAAGCAAGUCUGGUGGAGAAGGAGAGAAUGGAGAAGGCUCGGAUGAAAAUAAAUCUGACACAGGGGAUGCUGAGACAAAAGAAGGCGAUAAAGAAGACAGUAACAUAGAGGAGAAGGAGGACAAAAAAGAUGAGAAAAAGGAGUCUUCAAAUGAAGUGUUUCCUUCAGGGGCUCAGUCUGAGCUUUUGAAUGAAACUACUACUGAGAAUGGGGCAUUUCCGACUCAGGCAACUGAAUCGAAGAAUGAAAAGGAAGCUCAAAAGUCUUCUGACUCAGAUACAGAAAAAGGGUACAGUUGGAAGCUCUGCAAUGUCACUGCUGGUCCUGAUUACAUCCCUUGCCUUGAUAAUCUGGAUGCAAUUAGGCACCUCAGAAGCACUAAGCAUUAUGAGCACAGGGAGAGACACUGUCCUGAUGAUCCUCCAACUUGCCUUGUUCCACUUCCUGAAGGAUAUCAACGCUCAAUUGAAUGGCCUACAAGUCGGGAAAAGAUAUGGUACCAUAAUGUUCCACACACCAAGCUUGCAGAGGUUAAGGGACAUCAAAACUGGGUUAAAGUUAGUGGUGAAUACCUUACCUUCCCUGGUGGUGGGACCCAGUUUAAGCAUGGUGCUCUUCACUAUAUUGAUUUUAUACAGCAGUCUCUACCUGAUAUUGCCUGGGGAAAACGUACACGUGUUAUAUUAGAUGUUGGCUGUGGGGUUGCAAGUUUCGGAGGCUAUCUUUUUGAAAGAAAUGUAUUGUCUAUGUCAUUUGCUCCCAAAGAUGAACAUGAAGCUCAGGUUCAGUUUGCACUUGAAAGGGGUAUUCCUGCUAUAUCUGCCGUCAUGGGCACAAAGAGACUUCCUUACCCUGGUAGAGUUUUUGAUGUUGUCCACUGUGCAAGGUGUAGGGUGCCCUGGCAUAUUGAAGGUGGUAAGCUUCUCCUCGAGCUGAAUCGUCUUCUCCGACCUGGUGGUUUCUUUGUAUGGUCUGCCACUCCUGUGUACCAGAAACUUCAGGAAGAUGUUGAAAUUUGGGAAGCAAUGAAGAAGUUAACCAAGUCAAUGUGCUGGGAAUUGGUUCAAGUUAACAAGGAUAGAGUGAAUGGAGUAGGUGUUGCCUUUUUCCGCAAACCUACUACCAAUGAGUGCUAUGAGCAAAGAUCAAAAGAUGAUCCUCCACUCUGCCAAGAGUCUGAUGAUCCUAAUGCAGCCUGGAAUGUGCCUUUGCAAGCUUGCAUGCACAAAGUUCCAACUUCUGAAUCAGAGAGGGGUUCUCAAUGGCCAGAAUCAUGGCCUGCUAGGCUGGAGAAAUCACCUUAUUGGUUACUAAGUUCCGAGACAGGUGUGUAUGGGAAGCCAGCUCCUGAAGAUUUUGCUGCAGAUUAUAAACAUUGGACACGAGUUGUGACCAAGUCAUAUUUGAAUGGAAUGGGAAUUAACUGGUCUACUGUUCGGAAUGUCAUGGACAUGAAUGCUGUCUAUGGAGGAUUUGCAGCUGCAUUGAAAGAUUUGAAAGUGUGGGUUAUGAACAUUGUUGCAAUCGAUUCUCCUGAUACCCUUCCUAUAAUAUAUGAGAGAGGUCUUUUUGGAAUGUACCAUGACUGGUGUGAAUCAUUCAGCACUUACCCUAGAUCUUAUGAUCUUCUCCAUGCGGAUCACCUCUUCUCCAAGAUCAAAAGAAAGUGUAACUUAAUGGGGUUGGUUGUGGAGGUGGAUCGGAUUCUGAGACCCGAAGGGAAGCUCAUAGUCCGUGACCACACGGAGACUAUAACUGAACUGGAGAACAUAUUGAAGUCUAUGCAUUAUGACAUCCGAAUGACAUAUUCUAAUGGCGAUGAAGGUUUACUUUGCGUGCAGAAGACAAUGUGGCGCCCCAAGGAGCUCCAGACACUCUCCUAUGCUAUUGCCUAAUGCUAUGCAUGCCUUAGUUGCGAUUCAUCAUCCAUUCAGGACACAUUUGAUGCCGCCGAAGAGUAGGUAUUCUUUUAUAUCAUUUGAUAAAUGUAUCAUUUGUUAGCGACCUUAGAGUGCUUUUGAUUAAUCGGGUUUAGGUUGCUUAAUCGGAGCUGUCACGGUUUUGUUUUCUGUCUGUAUCAUUAUAUAUCACCAACUGAUGAGGGGAAGUCAACAAAUUAUUCACCUGUAAAAAGAGCCAUUGUAUUAAAAUACAAUGGUGAACUUCAUUACAAUCAAAUUCAUCUUCCUUGCACUACUUCAA